CGUCAUUUUACUGCUGAGCGGGAUUUGUCUCCUCGUUUCCACUAUAUUCUAUUCAUUUCCAAGUACGGUGUAUCAAGUCUGUGGAGAAUUAUACAUUUGGUGUAGUGUUUGGCACCGAGACUGACGCAUUCACAAUAACUUGCAAUGACUUCUUCACAGCGCUAUUUUGCCAGCUUUUGGAUAAAGUCACAUUUGGAACAGAGUUGUGACGAUGCUUAUAUACCAGUGGAUGACAUCUAUGAUAACUAUUUGAAAGACCAUCCCCAGGAUUCUGUUCCUAGGGGUGUGUUGUCUACCAUCAUAAGAUGUACCUUUUCUAUUAAUAGUGGGAGAAUCUCAAUUAACAAGAAAAGAUGCACUACAUACAUCGGUCUGAAAUGGAAAUCACAACAAAUAAAAACUGAAAAUGAGCCUGUCAAUUUACAGGAUUUUGUAAAUCAUUUGGAGCCUAAUUGGAUUUUACAAGGAAAAGAUGAAAAUUCUAUCACUUUAUGCUGUCUAACAAAUGAUUUUUGUAAUGGACACAAUGUGAUAAAAUAUGUUAAUGUGCAAACCAACGGUGAUGUCAAAAUAUCAGUUGCACAAGCAGUUGUUAACUCCAAAAGAUGUGGUAUUCCAAAUAAAACAAAGUUAGACAAUCAUUCGUUAAAAACAUUCCUGAAAAUUGUUAGCUUAAGGCCAAUAUGUUGGGGUUAUCCAAACAUUGAGCAGGAUAUAAAUGUGAAGCAGUGUAAGAACUGGACAAAUAAAGAUUCAAAUGGAGGAAUCUUUUCAAGGUCUCACAAUUGUUUUAUAUUGUUACACGAAGGGCAAGAUACCCACACAUGCAAGGCCUGCACAACUAGGAGACUGUUUAUCCUUGAGGAACUUAAAGCACAAAAACAGGAAGAAUCAUAUUUACAUGAAGUUACAGAAGACGAAGAAUUUGAAUCAAACCCACAUGUAGUUACAGAAGACAGAGAAUUUGAAGGUCAGGGAAAUAAAAGAUUGAAUGAACAACAGUUGAAGAUGGAUAUCCAUAAAGAUUCAAAGUGCAUGCAAUGUCAAAAUACCUUCGUUAAACGUAAGCAUGGAUAUAAGAGGAAAUCACUACAAGUUCUGAGGGACACUUGGCAGUACAGAAAUAUACGAGGAUUGGUGGAGAAUUUAUUACAGAAAGGUGGACAUCCUUCCAAAUCAUUUGUAUGUGAGAAAUGUAUUGGGGAUUAUCGGACAAGUGUAAGGCCGCCAAAGGCGCCAAGCUCUCAUUCAUCAACUCAUCUCCAUUCUAAGUCAUCCUCUCGUACCUCGCACACAUGUACACCUAAUAAACCGACAAUACCUGAAAUUCCUAUUGAAAUUCGAAUGCAAAAACAUGAUCAUUCAUACGGCUUGGCCCCACCACCUCCUCAAAAGCCGGUAAAGCCAGGGACAGUUCGAAAUGUACGGGUACUAGCUAAAGCUGCUCUACGACGCUCCAACUACAGACGUCUAAUCAGAUUCUUAUAUGAAGGAAGCAAGAAAUUCAAACAGGAACUUCAAACAUUUAUAAAUGGAAAGAUAAAAAGAGAGAUAAGAACUUUCUCCAAGAAAAUGAAACCCUACAAGAACUGGAGUGAUUUAAUGAAACAGUCCAUCGCCAGAAUGCCGUUAUUAACGAGUACAAUUGAGGCAGCUGUGCCUGAAGAAAUGCACAGGAGGGACAUAGAUUCAGCUGCACGAGUUGGGGUAGUGACAUCUAUACUGUGCUUUAGCAAUAACCAUCAUGCAAAUCAGUUUCAAAAGAUGGCAAGCUAUCAACUAUGGAAGCAUGGGUGUGACCAGAAAAUGAUGACUUAUCUAAACCAGUUAGGCCUUGCUGUCUCUGCCAAAACAAAUCAGGUCAAUGUUAAAAAAGCAGAUAAAAGAGAACAAGAACAGCAUUGGUGAAAAAAGGAUGUCUGAACACAAAUCCAGUAAUAAUGAACAGACAGGCACAUCUGUACAACUCAUAUCUGAUAAUAAAGAACCCAGAGACACAUCUGCAUGGCACAUAUCUGAUAGUGAAGAACCCAUAGACACAUCUACACAACAAAUAUGUGAUAGUGAAGAACC